AUGACAGAAAUUCGGUUUGAAGAGAGCAUUUGGACGGUGCCUUUGCUGUUGGGUGUUGCGGAGCUCCCUCUUGGGUGGUUUGACAGCCUUUUCGCUACCGUGCUCGUGUUGCUCAACCUGACCAUGCAAUCGUGCUUCACGGCCAUUCUGCUUACACGUGCUUUCAUGGGCGAUGCUUUUGAAACGAAGGUUCGUGCUGCGGAAGUCUGGCGCAACAGUGUGGCACAUGAUUUCAGGCACCUGGACCUGGCGGACACAAGCCUGGUGUCGCGAGUGUGUCUGGGGGAUGAGGCCCUCAUUCUCUCGACGACCCAAGCAACUUUGAUCGAACAUAUCAAUGGUUUUCUUGGCUUGGAAAGGGCGCAGUUCGUUCUUGGGAGCUUCCAACCCGGCGUUCUGCUCUGCAUGCUCUGCAUCGUCCUGUGGACACUGUGCGUGUACAAGGAGUUCCGGUUGAUAUGGACGCAGGCGGAGAUCGCCUGUGCCAUUCCGACGUCGCAGAGGACGUCUGUUCAGAGAAACAGAUUCCGCAGCUUGUCUUGUGCGCGUCGGUGUCUGAUCCUCGUCAUGAGCUUGGCAAGAGCAGGAAUUGCUUGCAUCCUCUUGGUCGGUGGAAUUCUGUGGCUGGCGCGCACAACUUCGAUCCAGGAGCUCAUGCUGAAUGCUGUGGCACUGAAUGCAAUUCUGGAUAUUGAUGAGUUCCUCUUCGUUGGCAUGACACCAGCCAAGAUUCAGGAGACACUUGGGAAGUUAAAGCCCAAGCACGUCAGCAAAGGUCACCUCAGAAGUCAACUGGAAUCUGCUGUGCAUUUUAGCUGCCUGGUCUCGGUGGUGCUCGUCUCCUACUUCUUGCUUUUGGAGCCUCUUCAAAGGAUCAUGCUGACGAUCAAGACAGAGAUGUGCUACGGCAACCAGACCUUUGUGGUGGCACACAAUACAGACACCCAGAGGACCAUCGGUUUGGUGACCGUGAUGUCCCGGGACCUGAGAAACGAUUCCAUCAGUGAGAUCGCGGUCCGCGCGCACACGGCGGCAUCUCUAGAGACGAACCCAGACGGCUUCUCCACUUAUAUAAGCUUCGCAGCCGACAUUGAUUCAUUUUCAGAGCGGAGGUCUCGCACCAUGAGAGAGGAAGCCUCAGCCUUCCCCUUUUGCGUGGAGCCUCGGCUGCUGAACAGCAGCGGAGACAUGUACGGCGAUACCUCUUUGCAGCCAUUGGCCACUCAGCUCGUAAACACUGCAGCGGCCACGGUCGGACGCACGGGCACAACUUCUUGCUUGGAGCUGAAGGAUCAGUGCGGUCGCCUGAACGCGCGCUUGUUGCGUUUGGUGUGCGGACAAACAUGUGGAUGCACAGAUCCCUACAGCUCCCCGUGGUACAAGACAGAAACGCAGGGCUGUGCUUCCACCUGCCUGCGGAUAGCGCGAAGGGCGCUGGCCAGCAGUCGCUGUCAAGAUGUGACCAGCGAUGCCUGGCAGGCCUUUUGGUCGCUCUAUCCCGCGGUGGCCAGGGCAUAUUUUGGUGAGGGGUCACAAGCGGACUUGGAGGCCGUCGUGGGGCAGACAGUGGAGACAAUGCUGUCUACAGGGUGCGAGGGACUCAUCGGUUUUCCAAAGGAUACAAUCAUGGAUGUUGAGUGGUGUGAAGGUAUGCCGGACUUGUUCCGCCCUCUGGCGCAUCUUUGCCCCCAGAGCUGCGGCUGUACUUCGUUCUCUGGACCUCUUCCAAGCUUCUGCCCAGGGAGCUGCGCUUCCUAA